AUGACUUGGUCUGCUGUUGUGAAGAAAUCUAUUAAGAAUGAGCCUAAAAAUGAACAUAAAAAUGAGCCUAGAAAUGAAUCUAAAACGGGUAAAGAAGAAGCUUUAAACGAGGAAAAUAAUAGCAAAAAAGUUGUCGCUAACAAUACUAGAAGAAGAAGCAAGUCCCCUAGAGGGUAUAGUGAUAACCAUAGUACUUUUGAUAAUAGUAAUUAUGGAUAUAAAAACGGUAUUUAUGGCAAUAAUAAUAUACCAAUUGAAUCGAUUGGAUCGAUUAUACUAAGAAUAAUGCACCAAAUUAACAAAGAGGAGAUUUAUUCAAAAAGAGGGAAUAUUCAACCACAUGGAUUGAUCAAUAGUGGGAACAACUGUUUCAUUUCAUCUAUUAUUCAGAUUUUAUUGUACUGUAAACCAUUUUAUAAUAUUAUUAGGCUAAUUGGUGAUAAGAGUAUAUUUUAUUUAGGAGGAAGUAAUGGAAAGGGAAGUGAUAGUAAGACGCCUAUUAUUAAUAGUAUAAUUAAUUUAUUUGAGGAAUUUAAGGACAAAUUUGGAGAAGCGAUUAGCGCCGAAAGCUUUUACCGAAGCAUUUACAAGCAUCCUAGAUUCAACCAUCUAGUUAAGGGGGAGCAAGAAGAUGCCGAAGAGUUUAUGACGUUUUUAUUGGAGAUUAUUCAUGAGGAGAGUAUUGAGUCUGUUAAAGGAUUGCAAAAGGAGGAGAUUAAUAAGUUGGUAGACAGUAUCCGAGUGGAUAAGAAAAGAUUUGAAAGCGAUGCGGGCGUUAAGUUCAAUAGAAAGAAAAUUGAAGACGAUAAUAAUGAUAGUAAUGAAGAUGAUAAUGAAGACGAAGAUGGAUGGAAUACUGUUAGUAAAAAGAAAAUGAGAAAUGGCAAUAGAAAUAAAGUUGAAGAAAAUAAAAGAAACUAUGAACCGUCUAUAAUUAGUCAAAUAUUCGAGGGCGAGUUUUGUUCUGUAAUUGAUUUGAAUGAUAAUAAGAAGUCUAUAAAGAUUGAUCCAUUUCAACAUAUCCAAUUGGAUAUUUCAGAUGAACGAGUUGAAAGUAUUGAAGAUGGGUUCAAAUUGCUAAGUGAACGAGAAGAUAUUAACUACCGAAUUAAAGAGGUGAAUAAGGAUAAUAGACAAGAAGAAGAAGUUGAGAUUUCAACCAAGAAACAAACAUUGAUUAAUAAGUUGCCACAGGUGUUGGUUGUUCAAUUGAAGAGAUUUUCGUACAGCAACAGCAAGGUUGGGGGAAUAGAAAAGUCAUGCAAGAGCAUCACAUUUGACAGCGAAUUGAAGAUACCAGAAGAAUGCCUAUCGAAGAAUGGGCAAUUGAGAAAAGACGGUAGUCAAUACAGGUUAUCGGGAGUUGUAUAUCAUCAUGGAAACAGUGCAAAUGGAGGACAUUAUACAGCUGAUGUGCUAAGAAGCGAGAGCAAGUGGAUCCGAAUUGACGACACAUACAUAAGUAAAGUGAAGAACGAGGAGGUUAUCAACCGGUUCAGCCAUAAGGACAACUUGAGAAGCGCGUAUAUAUUGAUGUACGAAAAAGUGUUGUAG